UUGUGCUCUCUGGGAACCUGCACGGGGGCUCAGUGGUUGCGAGCUAUCCCUAUGAUGACUCUCCCAUGCACGAGCCCAAUGGAAUCUAUAGCAAAUCAGCUGAUGAUGAAGUGUUUAAAUACCUGGCAAAAGCCUAUGCUUCGAACCACCCGAUAAUGAAAACUGGCACCCCAAACUGCCCGGGGGAGCAGUUUGAGACAUUCAAGGAUGGCAUCACUAAUGGAGCUCAUUGGUAUGACGUCGAAGGGGGGAUGCAGGAUUACAACUACGUUUGGGCCAACUGCUUUGAGAUCACCUUGGAGCUGUCUUGCUGCAAGUACCCAAUGGCAUCCCAGCUUCAGCAGGAAUGGGAGAAUAACCGGGAAUCUCUCCUCGCCUUCAUUGAGAAGGUCCACAUGGGAGUAAAAGGGUUUGUCAGGGAUUCGGUAACUGGGUCUGGCCUGGCCAACGCAACCAUUGCUGUUGCUGGCAUUGAUCAUAACAUCACAGCGGGCAGAUUUGGUGACUACCACAGACUGCUCGUGCCUGGAACCUAUAACAUCACAGCAGCUGUCAUGGGUUAUGUGCCAAUGACUGUAGAGAACAUUGAGGUGAAAGAAGGGGCUGCAACUGGGGUAGACUUCUCCCUGCAACCUGCUGUCCUGGUACCUGUUCCUGACCCUACACUGGCUGCCGCCACUCCUGCCCCAGGCUCUGCUAUUAAUGACAGUGCCACAGCGAGGGCAGCAAGCCCAACUUCUCUCCACCAGCCGCUCCAGCCUGAGGACUUUCGCCACCACCACUUCCCUGACAUGGAGAUCUUCCUGAGGCGGUACGCCAGCGAGUACACCAACAUCACUCGCCUCUACUCGGUGGGCAAGUCAGUGGAACAAAGGGAGCUGUACGUGAUGGAGAUAUCGGACAACCCAGGCAUCCACGAACCAGGUGAACCAGAGUUCAAGUACAUUGGGAAUAUGCAUGGGAAUGAAGUAAUAGGCCGCGAACUGCUUCUGAAUCUCAUCGAUUAUCUCUGCAAGAACUUUGGAACGGAUCCUGAAGUAACAGAGUUGGUCCUUAACACCCGAAUCCAUAUCAUGCCCUCUAUGAACCCUGAUGGCUAUGAAAAAUCCCAAGAAGGAGACAGAAGCAGCACAGUUGGCAGAAACAAUAGUAACAACUAUGACCUAAACCGAAACUUCCCAGACCAGUUCCUCCCAACGACCGACCCGCUGCAGCCAGAGACUCUCGCUGUCAUGAACUGGCUCAGGGCCUUUCCAUUCGUACUCUCGGCAAACUUGCAUGGAGGUUCUUUAGUGGUCAAUUACCCCUUUGAUGAUGAUGAGAAAGGAAUAGCCAUCUACAGUAAGUCACCAGAUGAUGGUGUCUUCCAGCAGCUUGCACUUUCUUAUUCCAAGGAAAAUACUCAGAUGUACCAGGGCAGCCCUUGUAAGGACAUGUACCCCAAUGAGUAUUUCCCCCAUGGCAUCACUAAUGGGGCUCACUGGUAUAAUGUUCAAGGGGGGAUGCAAGAUUGGAACUACUUAAACACAAACUGCUUUGAAGUGACCAUUGAGUUAGGCUGUGUGAAAUACCCAAAUGCUGAAGACUUGCCAAAAUACUGGAAGGAGAACCACCGAUCUCUGCUCCAGUUCAUAAAACAGGUUCACCAGGGUGUCAAGGGAUUUGUGCUGGACGCCACAUCCGGAAGGGGCAUCUCAAAUGCUACUAUUAGCGUUGCUGACAUCAACCACCCUGUCACCUCUUACAAGGCUGGAGACUACUGGCGCCUGUUGGUUCCAGGGUCUUACAAAAUCACAGCCUCUGCCCGAGGGUAUAGCCCGCUCACCAGGACUGUGACUGUCGGGGACAGAGGCGCGGUGCAAGUCAACUUCACUCUUUCACGAACAGAUUCCAAAGUUGAGGAGGGAAUGAUCCCGGUCCUCACCAAUGAAGACACUAGCGAUCCCUCUACCAAGGAGUUUGAGACCCUGAUCAAAGACCUCUCUGCUGAGAACGGGUUGGAACGCCUCAUGCUAACCCCUUCAAUGGACGUUUCUCCCUACCGCUACCGUCCAUACAAAGACCUGUCUGACUUUCUUAGAGCCCUCAACUUGAACUACCCUCAGAUCACAAAUCUCACUAACUUGGGUCAUAGCGUUGAGUACCGUCAAAUGUGGUCCCUUGAAAUAUCCAACAAACCCAACCAGUCUGAGCCUGAGGAGCCCAAGAUCCGCUUUGUUGCUGGUAUCCAUGGAAAUGCUCCUGUUGGCACAGAACUGCUCCUGGCAUUGGCAGAGUUCCUUUGUGUGAACUACAAAAAGAAUGCAGCCAUCACCAAGCUGAUUGACAGGACAAGAAUUGUGAUUGUGCCGUCCCUAAAUCCAGACGGGCGUGAGGCCGCUCAGGAGAGAGACUGCACAUCCAAGACUGGCCAAACCAAUGCUCAUGGCAAAGAUCUGGACACAGACUUCACAAGCAAUUUCUCCUACUCUGGGAUAGGAGAGCCGGAGACCAAAGCAAUCAUUGAGAACUUGAUCCUGAAGCGAGAUUUCAGCCUCUCUGUUGCACUGGAUGGUGGAUCUCUGCUUGUAACUUACCCAUAUGAUAAACCUGUGCAGACAGUGGAAAAUAAAGAGACUCUGAGACAUUUGGCAACUCUGUAUGCAAACAACCAUCCGUCAAUGCAUCUAGGUCAACCAGGGUGUAAAAAUGAGUCAGGUAACAUUCCAGGAGGUGUCAUCCGGGGGGCAGAAUGGCACAGUCACCUGGGCAGUAUGAAGGAUUUCAGUGUCACUUUUGGGCAUUGCCCUGAGAUCACAGUGUAUACCAGCUGCUGCUACUUCCCAAGUGCUGGACAGCUCCCUAAUCUGUGGACAGAGAAUAAGAAGUCUCUCCUUAGCAUGCUUGUGGAGGUUCAUAAGGGAGUCCAUGGAUUUGUCCAAGACAAGAGUGGCAAGCCAGUGUCUAAGGCAGUCAUUGUACUCAAUGAAGGUGUGAGAGUGUACACAAAGGAAGGUGGCUAUUUCCAUGUGCUGUUGGCUCCGGGGUUACAUAACAUCAGUGCCACAGCUGAAGGAUAUCAGCAGAAGCAUGUCUUGGUGCAGGUACGCCAUGAUGCCGCCAGCUCCGUGGUGAUCGUGUUUGACAUGGAUAACAGGCUAUUUGGCCUUUCAAGGGAGCUUGUGGUGACUGUAGCAGGUGCCACCAUGUCAGCUGUGGUCCUCACAGCCUGCAUCAUUUGGUGUGUCUGCUCCAUCAAGUCCAACAGGCACAAGGAUGGUUUCCAUCGCCUACGGCAGCACAAUGACGACUACGAGGACGAGAUCCGCAUGAUGUCCACCGGCUCUAAGAAAUCCCUCCUGAGCCAUGAAUUCCAGGAUGAGACAGACACUGAAGAAGAAACAUUGUACUCUAGCAAACACUGAUAGACACCAAGUGGAAAGGAAAGCUCCUAUGGACAAGCCCUACAAUAGGUGCUGCUCUUACGCUUCAGAGAUCUGGAACGUUAGCUUGCAGAAUGUGUAAGCUCCAGAGACGUGGGUGGCAGUUCUCAACCUCUCAUGUCGUUUUUUUUGUGUUUGCUCCAUUCCUACUUAUGCACUUGUCAGCUGAUGUCAGAUGCUGUGAACACUGUCAUGUUUCUAGGUCAGGAGCUGGAGUUCCAUGUAAUGGAAACACUUGGAAGGCAACUUAUUAGUGUGUUCUGGCAUCAAGACUUGCUAGCAGUUCUCUCAACGGUCCAGCCUGGCGCAGGGAAAGUGGAGUAAUUACCAAAUGCCUGGUGGGGUCCAUUGUUUUAAGCUUUAAAGCCAUUAUUUAUCUCUACCUUUUUGAUUUUUUUCACUCUCUACAUUUUGGGGAAGCCUUGGUCAGUUAUGGGCAAGACUUCAGCUAUGCUGCCAGUGAGUGGCUUUAGAAAUGGACAAUGAGCUUGGCUUUUGGUUGCUCCAUCCCACUCCAAGGGUGCAGAGGGACUAUGGCCUGCUCUGCUCUACUGCAGGCUUCUGAUGCUUCUGAAGUGUUUGCAGGGGAAUAAGUUUUUUACAGUCAAGCUCCCCAUGAAAUUGCCUCUGUGUUGAAAACUGACAGGUGGAAUAAUCUAAUCCAGGUGUGAGAAGCUCUCCACCCAAAGGCAGGGGAGAGAGAUGGGUGUCUGGUAGCUGUGCAACUAGGCCAUUCUCUAGUUAAAAGAAAAUCCUCAGGUUUAUUUGAACAGUCUUGUACAGAAUCCCUCUUGCUUCUGGUUGGCCAUGUAGCCAGCCCAACGACUCUUAACAUUGCCUGUCUGAGAAUGGAGACUAGCUAGUAACCCAUGAGUGAGGAGUAACAGCAGCAUGACAGGAUAGCAUGCUAAAAGAGCCACUUGAGAGGGUUUCCAAGCAGAUGGUGGUAAUCACUCACUGUGGAUGUUGUCUAAAUGCUGCUAGUCACUAAUGUGCCUGCUCAGCCUUGUUCAUGUCUGCUGGAGUUUGAAAAGCACAGCCCAGUACACACAGCUAGUAUUCUGCAGCAGCACUGAGCUCGCGCAAGCUCUGUGGCUCAGCUUCAGUCUCAAAUACCUGCAAGGCUUCAGUUCCUCCCCAGCUCCAUCUGAUACAGAAAAAUACCCAUUACUGACCACUGCUCUUGUUAAAAGCUGACCUCUUUGCUCCUGUAUUAAACCCUGAGAGUGCCUGGCAUCCAGCCAGCAGCACGGGGAUAUCGCUGCUCAAGGACCACAAGCAGAGUUCCUCUAAAUGUCCCUCCUGCUCUUUCAUAGUUAAAUGGUUGUCAGUGAUUAGAGGACGCGUGUGUGUGUGUGUGUGUGUGUGUGUGUGUGUGUGAGAGAGAGAGAAGAGAGAUGUUUGGAUAGCACUUGAUGUGUAAACAGGACCUGAGUGACACUCUAUGUACCUGAGAGAACACUUGGAUUCAAAACUUACCCCUUGUUGAAGCUAAAAGGCUUCUCUAGAAAGGGAAGAUUCUGUGCCAAGAGGAGCUAAAUCAAACCACCUGACACCUGAUUUCCAGUGCCUUUGGUUGUCUUUCCAGUGUGCCUCCCUUUUCUGAGGAGGGAGCUAGGGUUCAGCAGCAUGAAGCAAAUGCUGGUAUUGCUCACUUCAGGAGUAUAGUACUUGUAGGAAUUAGAGGAUGCAGUAAACAAGCCGGGCUCUUGCCUGAAAUGAAUGAUUCACUGGCAGCUCCACUCAAGGUACUGCAGCCUAGAGCGAAGAAGAUCCUCCUCUUGUAAGACACAAGGUCUGAGGUUCUCCAGCCUUUGCUGUAUGUACCCAAUAGGACCUUGCUGCCCUUGUGGAAAUUUAGCUGCCAAGGGAACCAGACAGUUUAAAUCUGUUUUGUAACCCACCAGUUGUUGCUGAAAUACUAAAUUCUGCAGAAGGUUAAUGGUGUUUGUUCACUGCCUUUCCUAGUAGUCUCCCCCACACCCCCCAGCUUCUCUGAGAACUUCAGAUGCUAACAAGUGUUGUUGGGGACAGCAGUUCUCUUCCUGCAUUAAGGGAUGGGAGGUAUCCGACUGAAUGGGGGAAGAGUGGGCAUGCAUGUUGGGAUCUGUCAGCUGUCUUUUGUUAUAUGGAACAGAGUUGAUAGUGUAAAGUCUGUAGCUUGGUCCUCUGCCAAGAAGUGGAGCUGUACUGUUGGUAUUCACACGCCUCUCCAGUUACCCAGAGAGACUGGAGCUUUACGGUAUUUACAUCCCGAACUUGUGUUCAAACCAUUCCAUCAGCUACCAUGUCAGGGCGAGUCUCUAGUGCAACCUCAGCGUGGCUGUUAGCCCCCCUCCCCAGGGUAUCCAUGUGAAACAUCAGCAAGUCUGACACGAUGGGUUUGACUUAGUAGAUGAGCGAGUGUCUCCACUGGCAAGGUGUGAACGCUGCUGUCUUGGGGUAUGUGAACUGAACUCUGGGUAGAGAGAGUUCCGUACAGCCCCUUUUCCUUUUGUAAAACAAGGCUUCAUACUGCAAAAGUCAGGGGCAAUUCUGCAGAAUGUGAAGCUCUUUAUGCUCCUCUC